AUGAUGUACCCGGUGUCACUUAUCGGAGUGGGACAAAGGGCUGGAUGGACCAUCAAGUAUUUCGCCACUGGGUCGCAGACGACACCUACAACCGGCGUCAUCCGCGUGGCGAACACCAAUCAAAAAGUCGACAAGGACGGCGUGUCGUAUCUCAGGAAGACAAUGAUUCUAUGUGGGAUGUCGAAGAACAUCAACGGAGUGUGGGAGGAGUCGCAGCUUUCCAAGCACCUGCAAGUGAUCAUCGAGAAGUAUCGCGAUGAGUUUGAGGGGAAGAAGGCUGAUUAA